ACUGACAGACAUUUCGGCAUAAGAGCAGAGGUGACCGCUGGGUCUGUUCCUGAGUUAGGAGAGCGCAAGUCCAGGUCGAGCAUCUCACCCUGAAAAUCAUUUAAAUAUGGCCGAACCAAUCCGUGUGCUGGUGACGGGCGCUGCCGGUCAGAUCGCCUACUCUCUGCUCUACAGCAUCGCCAAAGGAGAUGUGUUCGGCAAGGAUCAGCCAAUCAUCUUGGUGCUCUUGGACAUCCCGCCCAUGCUGCCUGUGCUGGAUGGUGUUGUGAUGGAGCUGCAGGACUGCGCUCUCCCGCUGCUCCGAGAGGUGAUCCCUACCGAUAAGUUGGAGGUGGGCUUUAAGGACCUGGAUGUUGCCAUCUUGGUGGGCUCCAUGCCCAGGAAGGAGGGAAUGGAGAGGAAGGACCUCCUCAAGGCCAACGUGGCCAUCUUCAAAACGCAGGGAGCCGCUCUGGACAAGUACGCCAAGAAGACGGUCAAGGUGCUGGUGGUGGGAAACCCGGCCAACACCAACUGCCUGAUUGCCUCCAAGUCUGCGCCAUCCAUCCCAAAGGAGAACUUCUCCUGCCUGACCAGGCUGGACCAUAACAGGGCCCGCUCCCAGGUGGCGAUGCGCGUGGGCGUGUCCUCGAACAGCGUGAAGAACGUGAUCAUCUGGGGAAACCACUCGUCCACGCAGUACCCCGACGUCCAUCACGCCACCGUCAACCUGAAUGGCAAAGAGGUGCCCGCCUACGACGCCGUGAAGGAUGACAGCUGGCUGAAGGGAGACUUUAUCUCAACGGUGCAGCAGCGCGGUGCAGCUGUGAUCAAAGCCAGGAAGCUGUCUAGCGCCAUGUCCGCUGCAAAGGCCAUCUGUGACCAUGUGAGGGACAUCUGGUUCGGCACUCCUGAUGGUGAGUUUGUGUCGAUGGGAGUUUACUCCACCGGGAACUCUUACGGUGUUUCUGAUGACCUCAUAUACUCCUUCCCUGUCACCAUCAAGAACAAAACCUGGAAGGUGGUGGACGCUCUGCCCAUUAACGACUUCUCACGUGCCAAGAUGGACGCCACAGCAGCCGAGCUGAUAGAGGAGCGAGACACGGCGCUGUCUUUCCUCGCUGCGUGACUACGUGAUUCCACCACGAAAUGGCACCCAGAUUCUUCUAAACUGUAAAAUUCCACUGUGUGAGAGCAAGAGAAUGUGACAUUCCACAAGCUAUAAGGACAUGAUGAGCGUCUGUACCAUUUCAUACCAGUACAUGAAUCUUAAUGGGGCAAUAACAAGAGUAGAAACAUUUUGAAACGCACAUUGUUGUCCCUCCUAUAUAAAAAAAAAUUAAUAAACAGAAAAAAAAAUGUAACUGCACUAUCAAUAAAAGGAACAUUAAAUGAA